AUGGCCGAAGAGCGUGUCGCUGGCUCGUUAUGGGCGCACCGGCGAUGCUUGAUGCUCUGCUGCAUCGUAGCCAUGGCCAACAUGCAGUAUGGAUUCGACACUUCUGCUAUCGGUGCUCUGCAGGCAAUGCCUGGCUUUCUGGCCGUUUUUGGAUAUAAGGACCCCAGCAGUUCGCUAGGAUAUGGCAUUGAUAGCACCGUCCAACAACUCAUCACCUCCCUCCUCACCCUCGGCUCCUUCGUCUCCUCGCUUGUCGCCGGCCUGUUCGCCUCCUAUCUCGGCCGCAAGCCUGCGCUCUGGCUGGCCUGCAUCGUAAACGCGGCCGCCUGCGGCAUCCAGAUCGGAACGACCAGCAAAGGCGUGCUAUACUUUGGCCGUUUGCUGCUGGGUUUCGCGAACGGGUUCUUCGUCACAUUCUCCAAUGUGUAUACCUCCGAAGUCGCACCGGCGCAUCUGCGUGGCGUCAUGGUCGCGCUGUUUGCGUAUUGGGUCAAUAUCGGCUCUGUGCUGGGCUCCGUGGUGGACAAUUACACGCAGACGCGUAUGGAUAGAGCCGCGUAUCAGAUUCCGAUUGGGUGUCUUUUCAUUGUGCCGGCUUUGUUGUCUGUGGCGCUGUUUUUUGUGCCAGAGUCGCCGCGUUGGUUGCUGCAUCGAGGUAGAGAGGCGGACGCAAGGGUUUCCCUGCAGCGCAUUCGCGGAAAUGCGGUUGAUGCUGGCGCUUUUGAGGUUGAGUGGGUUGAGAUGGUGAGAGGUGUGCAGGAGGAGCAGGCCGUGGCAAAAAGUGUUGCCUUUUUGGACAUGUUUCGAGGCUCCGAUCUCCGCCGCACGCUGCUCUGCUAUGGCAUGAUCGCCUGCCAAACAGCGUCAGGUGUCUGGUUCCUGAUCGGAUACCAGACAUAUUUCUUUACCAUCGCGGGCAUCACCAAGGCCUUUGAGUUCUCCAUCAUGAACACCUGCUUCGGUUUCCUAGGUGUCAACGUCGGCAUGUACGCCAUCCGCCAUCUCUUCGGCCGCCGCUCGAUCCUGAUGCUGGGUGCUGUUGCGUGCGCCCUGUGCCAGCUGGCCAGCGCCAUCGCGGCGUCUGUUCAUGGAGCUGGCUCGGGUGGCUCCUCUUCGACAAACGGGCUCGUCAUUGUCGCUUUCACGGCCGUGUUCAUGUUCUUUUAUAAUGGCUGUGUCGGCGCUGCGAGUUACCCCGUGGCAACGGAGCUGGUCAGUUCGAGACUGCGUGCCUGGACUGUCGGGUCGGCUACUAGUUUGGGUUAUAUCCUGGCGUGGCUGACGAGUUUCACCGCGCCGUAUUUUAUCAAUCCAACCAAUCUGAACUGGGGCGCCAAGUAUGGCUAUAUCUGGGCCGCGUCGAAUAUCCUCUGCGUCGGCUUCUUUCUCUUCUUCAUGCCCGAAAUGAAAGGGCGCUCGUUGGAAGAACUUGAUGAGAUUUUCGCGGCGGGCACGCCGGCUCGUAAGUUUAGUGAGUAUCAAUGUGUAAUCAGAGAGGAGGCUGUGCACGAUGUCAAGGUUAGCAAGAGGAAAGAGAGAAUAAGACAGCGGGAUACGUGA